UUUUAUUUUGAAGACCCUCACCCUAACCCUAUUUUAUCGAAACGUGGGUAGUGUUCUGCAGAACGAGCGAGUUUACCCAGUUUCUGCCAAAUUGCAAAUUUCUACCGCACCCAAAUGUUUUCGGCACAUUUGCAAGCUUCCCUCGAGCGUGUGAGGUAGCGAAGGCAGCGCGAUGUUAACGUGGCGCAGCAUGCGUGCGACCGUGCGGACGCUUCGGGUUCUGCUCACCUUCAGACAGGUCGCGCCGGACCACCGGUGGCGGUGUGGACUCGUUCCGUUCCCCCGAAGCCUGAGCACCGGGACGCCGCUCCGGAAUGACUUUUUUAAAGAUCUGGAGGCCAAGUUGGCCGCCGCGAGGAGGAAGGUGGCGGACGCCGCGCCGGGCAGCGCCUGGAGCCCGCUGGAGAUCAACCCCAACCUCCCUCCGGAGAGGACCGACAUCGUGAUCGUGGGGGGCGGCGUGGUGGGCUGGUCGGUGGCCUACUGGCUCAAGAAGAAGGAGGGCAUCCGCGGGGGGCUCAAAGUCGUCGUGGUCGAGAAGGACACGACGUACUCGCAGGCGUCGUCGGUGUUGUCGGCCGGGGGCAUCCGCCAGCAGUUUUCCCUGCCGGAGAACAUCCGCCUGUCGCUGGCCUCCGCCGACUUCCUGAGGAACAUCAACGUAGGAGCACUUGGGCGUGCCGAACGAGGACGUCGUGGACUUGCACUUCAACCAUGCGGGCUACAUGUUCCUGGCCAGCCACAAGGGGGCGCACGUCUUGGAGGAGAACUACAAGACGCAGAAGGCUGCUGGGGCGCAAGUGUCGCUUCUGUCGCCGACGCAACUCCAAGAGAAGUUUCCCUGGAUGAACACGCACGAUGUGGCGCUUGCCUCGUAUGGUUUGGAGAACGAGGGCUGGUUGGACCCGUGGUCUUUGCUCAACGCCUUCAGGAGGAAGGCCCUCUCCAUGGGCGUCGUCCAGUGUUGCGGAGAAGUCACCGGUGGCCGAACGAACACUCGCCGCAACACGUGAAACGAGCCGCGACGCAGGUGUCUUGGUGUCAACGUGGUGUCCCUUCCCCAGGUUUCAAAUUUACCUCCAACGAGGCCACGACCGAGGACGGCGAGCGUUUGGAGCUGCGCCGGAUCAAAUCUGUUCAAGUGCGGAUGCCUCGCAGUUUGGAGUACCAGCCGGUGGAGUGCGCCGUUGUGGUCAACGCGGCCGGGCCCUUCUCGGCCAAGGUGGCCCGCAUGCUGGGAGUGGGGCUCGGACCCCGCGACACGCUGGCGGGAAUCCCGCUCCCUGUGGAACCGAGGAAAAGGUUCGUCUAUGUGUUCCAUUGUCCUGAGGGGCCCGGACUGGACACGCCCUUCCUCAUCGACCACUCGGGCGUUUACUUCAGGAGGGAGGGGCUCGGAGGCAACUACAUCGCCGGCAAGUCGCCCGACGAGGGAGAGGAGCCGGAUGUCGCCGAUCUCCAUGUGGACCACCAGUUCUUUCAGGACCAAAUUUGGCCCGAACUGGCCCAUCGCGUUCCCGCUUUUGAGAAACUGAAGGUGAGGAGCGCGUGGGCGGGCUACUACGACUACAACACGUUGGACCAGAACGGCAUCGUGGGCGCGCACCCGCUGGUCAGCAACAUGUACUUCGCCACGGGCUUCAGCGGCCACGGCCUGCAGCACUCGCCCGCCGUGGGCCGCGCCGUCGCCGAGCUCAUCCUGGACGGCGGCUUCACCACGCUGGACCUCAGCCGGCUCGGCUUCCGCCGCAUCGCCGAACGCGAGCCCCUCUUGGAGAGCAACAUUAUCUAGUUGGCACAGAUCCCGCAGUAGGAUGUGAGCAUCGCAAGCAGACCAAAUAUUUCCUGCACCUGCCACGUGCCUCUCAUCUCGUUCGAUACGACAAAAAUCAGUGCUGAGCCAUUCAUCAAGCUGGAAUCGUUGAUUGUUCAAAUAUUUGACAGGGGGGGAGCCCUCAUGAACCCCAAAAACUUUUUUGGCUAAUUUCAGGGAAAGAGAUCCGAUUUUAUGAUCGGCUUGUCAGUAUUGGAUAGCUCAACAUACGGAAAGCAGUCAAGACUGUGCACGCGUGAAUCCGCUGACAACGGUAAAGCGCAUCCAAGUUGGCACCGUUUGUUGCUCCCCAACUUUUUUAGACAGAAAUGGAAGAAGUCCUACUUCCUUAUGUUGGAACGCUCUCCUGGAAGUUUGGAGGUGACAUGCUGCCGCUUGGCGGGGUGGCGGGCGGGGCCAAUAAAAUCAGCAGCGAUGCUAAGCUAUGUAUUGUUAAUAUGAUUUUCGAAAUGAGUCACAGCUGACCUAAUGGUGCUGACGUUUGGGAAAAAGCCACGCAAAAUAAAGCUUUUGGCAAAGA